GCCAUCAGCUGAGAGUCAACCGGAAAAACACACUAGUAAAGCAGCGCACCAAGGAUUACCAGCGUUAGUAGUAAAACUUUAUUUAAAAGAAAUGGAUUCAGGAAGGGGUGUGCCACUUGGUGUACAAAAGACAACUAGUAGACUAACCGAUUUAUCGUUAAAAAACGGAGUCGAUGGACCAUCUAAUGCCUCGGCGUUGAGCGUCAACAAGGCUGCCGAAAUGAACAUGAAUCAGUUCAGUGAAACCACGUUGCCACAGUCUUCUUGUAAAAAAGGACAACACGUUGAGCGCAUUGGCCCUCAUGGUAAAAAGACAUCAGUAUACCAGGUGUGCUUUCUGGGCCGAUCGGUGUUGGACAAACGGUACACGCAAAACAUGUUGCCAUGGAUCAUGGCCGAGAUGAAACGCCACUGUCACCGCCACGGCGAAAUGAGAAUGGUCAAUUUACACCUCGAUCUCCACCUGCACACUCUACGGGCAGCCGCAGUUGGGCAACAUAGCGAGGAAGACGACUGCCUGUUUGAACACAAGUUACAGAAUAUCACCAGGUUUGCCCGGGCGCAUUCGGACCAUACCGUGUUCGCCUAUCUGAUGAGGACCAGUGCAGACAAGCCAUUUACUUGCUACGUUUUUCAAGCCCUUGAAGAACACUUGGUCCCAGAGUUGUUCACAGCUAUUAGAGAAGCCACCAAAGAAGUUGUGAAGGACAUCCACCAUCAGCAGCACAGUAAGGAGGGCAGACCUGUGGAUAACAUGGGGGAACUCAUGAGGUCUGGGUGCCAGUUCUAUGAGGUGCUCUAUUCAGGGAAGCUAUCGGUUGCCCAGAAGAAAGCCCCAGCAUCUUUCAUUGACGAAACAGUGCUUAUGUUCAAGCAGAAAGAAUCAGAACGCUCACAAAGACUGGCCCAGGAGAAAGAACAAAGACAACGUCACAGUAGUGGGACAAGUAUCCAUAGCCUUCCAGUCAACUUGGAAAAUUCUGUCCAAGUUAAAGAAAAUGAACUUUCCUCACAGGCACAGAAAUUAAGAGGUAACAGCACUGAUAGCACUGGUAGCAGCAAUAGCGGGGACGUGUUCCUGACGAGUAGCAGUUCAGCGGAAAAUUCACAAGAUAGACUGGCCAAGCAUGUUUCGUCAUCUGACGACUCCUUGAAAGACUCCUCUGCGACAGAAACGCAGUCUUUAGUAAAUCACACAGCGUCAGACGACAAACAUCACAAAGAUUCCAAAAACCUCAUGAAAAGUGUUCUGAUUGGUCAGAGUCAUCUGCCCACUCCCGGGGAGCAUAACAGAACUAUGUUGUUCCAGAUUGCUUUCGACGAAAUCUGUCUCAUCAGCCCUGACAAGAAAACUGUCAGUCUGGAAAGGAAAUUUAAGGACAUUUCAUUUGUCUCACAGGGUGUGAGAGAAGUGGACCAUUUUGGUUUCAUCUCCAGAGAACCGUGCGGCGGCUUCAUGUGUUAUGUGUUCAGAUGUGCCGCAGAGUCAGUGGUGGAUGAAAUCAUGAAGAAUCUAAAGCGUUCUUUCCACAAUGCAUUUCAACAAAGUGCCAAGAACCACGUGGUGUGUGAGCAGUGCCCCAUGCACCAGCUCCACAAGUUGUGCCAACAAGUAGAAGGAUUACUGCCUCAGAAAGCCUUUGCUCUUAUCUACAGCAGGGUUGAUGCUCUCCCAGAGGUGGAGAGGGAAGACAUUAUAGCAAAGUUCAAGGCAGAGGAUCCAUCCGGCUACCAGGAAAUGAACGAGGUGUUGAUGAUGUUGCUACGGCAACUGUGUGAGGUGAAGCAGAGGGAGCAUGUCCACAUCAGUGACACUGGCAAGAGUGGGGGUGGUGGCGGUGGUGUGAAGCAGGAAUUUAACCUAGUAGACAACAAGAACAAGGCCAGGUUUGAGCUGGAGAUGUUUAAGUCCAAAGCUAAGAAGUCACUAGCCAGUUCAUUUGACAUUUUAAUCAGGAAUAAAUUGAAAGCUCCCCCUGAGCAGCCAGCUAAUGGACGAGAAAGAAGCUGGACCUCCUUGGACUUGGACAGUUCAGGUGCAACGUCUACACCAGACUCCUCUGUGAGCAGCACCCCAGAUACCACCCCCUGCUCCUCCCCCAUGACCAAAGAAUUCAAGGACCUCCCAUGGGCAGGUGGAGACUCCCCCAGGGGGUCUGCAGCAUCACAGCGGAGACCACGGAGUUCCACUGUCGGAGCCAACUUGACUGCGGAGCAGCAGACGGAGCUGAAGACCCUCCAUACGAGCAUGCACGGGAAGAAGGAUCACCAGGAAUGUGUUAAGGUGUCUACUCCCAGGAGGAGGAGCAUGUUUCACCAUGCCCAACAGCAAGGCAGUCAGUCCACGACCCAGUCCCAGGACAGCCAUGGUGCCGGGGAACCUCAGACCCCCAAGACGCCCAUACAGAGACGAGGGUCCUGGAGACAGGCCAUCUUCCACAGCGUGGUCACCCCCACCAGCAAGUCCAGCAGGAAGUCCAUACAUGUGGACACAAUCGAUGAGAAUGCAAUACUUGAAGAUGAGGCUACUCAGAAAAAGAAAUCUUCAUCAGCAAUCCGAGCUCUCUGGAAGAAAGCAAUCAUGGAAACUUUGUUGCUUAUUCGCAUGGAGAAAGAAAACAGGAAUUUACAGGGUUCAUUUAUAAUCUACGGAGAAAAAUUAGUGGUGACAUUUCCAGCCCGCCAGGACGCAGUUCAAGACAAGCGUCAGAGGCUGGACUACAAGGAGAUUACGCCGUGUCUUAAAGCAGUGUCCAAGGAGUGGGAGAGCAUGCUGGGAACGAUGGAACAGAUGACGGGGGACAAAUUUGACGCUGAUCAGCUGCUGGAUGCAGUGAAGAGAGGAAUCCCACGACCCAAGCGGGGUGCCAUUUGGAGGUUACUGGUGGCACAGCACCGCUUGCACCAUCCGGGGGUGCUGAAGAUGAAGUUCCCCAAUGUUGAGCUGGAGACGCCGUACCAAGACUUACUGCGCCAGCUGACCACGCACCAACAUGCAAUACUCAUUGACUUAGGUCGUACAUUUCCCACACACGAAUACUUCACCACUCCACUGGGCGUGGGUCAACUGUCCCUCUUCAACUUGCUCAAGGCAUACUCACUGCUGGACACAGAGGUCGGCUACUGCCAAGGACUCAGCUUUGUGGCUGGCAUCUUGUUAAUGCAUAUGCCAGAAGAGGAGGCAUUUGAUACUCUUAUCUACAUGAUGUUCUACAUGGGGUUCAGAAGACAGUACAGGCCAGACAUGACCUCACUACAGAUUCAAAUGUAUCAACUUCAGCGUUUGUUGCACGACCACUACAAGGAGCUAUAUGAGCAUUUUGAGGAAAACGAGAUCCACCCCACUCUCUAUGCUGCCCCUUGGUUCCUGACUCUGUUUGCCUCACAGUUUCCACUGGGAUUUGUUGCCAGAGUGUUUGACCUGAUAUUCCUGCAGGGUAUGGAGGUGAUCUUCAAGGUGGCGCUAGUGUUACUGGGGAGCCAUAAGGAGCUGGUUCUGCAGUGCAGCAGCUUUGAGACCAUCGUGGAAUGUCUGAAGACCACCCUACCUGAGAUGAGUAUGAUACAGAUGGAGAGAGUCAUCAAUCAGGUGUUCAACCUUGACAUCUCCCAACAGUUGAAUUCCUAUGAGGUAGAGUACCACGUCCUGCAAGAGGAAAUGUUGUGGUCACCGCAGCAAGGGAACAUGGACAUUGAGAGACUGGAACAAGCCAACCAGAGUCUCAAACGACAAAACAUGCAGAUGCUGGAACAGCUCCAGACAGCUCACAAUCAGAACCACACACUAGAGGUCACUCUCGGCAAUCUUCAGGGCAGCCAUAACAGGCUGAAGUCCCAUUUGAAAACCCUAGAGCUUGAACGGACUGCUUUACUUAACACAGUGGCUAAACUGAAGGCGCUGAUCCCCCCAGAGAAGAUAUCCCAAGCAGGUAUUUCUCUGCCGGAUUUGAUGCAGAAUAUUCCACACACUCUUCAUUCUGGGCAGGAUGGGAACAAAAAUAACUUUGAAGGUGGCACGUACGAUGAUUCUGAUACGGAGGUUGCAAUAAUCACCAAAGAAAAGCAAGAUCAGAGCAGGAAGAGGUUCAGCAGUGGAGAGAGCGUCCCAAGAUUGGGAAACUUGAUGCAUCGCUCUCCUAGAGGAAAAUCCCCACUUGUCCUCCAUGAAGAAAAAAGUCAACAAAGACCUGAUUCCCACUGAAUGGAGUAUUGCAGAUUUCCAAUCAAUUUGGUGCCAUUUUCUUUUUCUUUAAACUUUUUUUUAGUUCAGAACAAGAAGAUGAAGUGAACUGUCUAGUCUACUUAUUCUUGAUAACUUUUAUUAUUAAUCUAUUUUAACUUGUUAAGGCAUGGCUUCCAGAAAAAAUGUUUUUAGGAUCUUCAUAUACACAGAUAUUAUAUAGUAUGUUUAUGAAGGAAUAAGCAGUUUUUACCCAUUGAACCUCAAGACAGUAUUCGUCAUAUGUUGCAUAAUUGUUCAUAUACCGCAAAACUAUAAAAUGAUCCACAUGGUAUCUUAUACAAAGGAAUGAAGAAUUAUCCUUUUAAAUUAAUAGAAACAGCGAAUGUCGUCACAAAAAUUAAUGUUCAUGGGUUUUGUGGAUGCAAGUGUGUGUUGUGUGUGUGUUGUGCUGCUAAGCAUCGCAAAAAAAGGUUGGGAAAACUAGCUUACUAGGUGAGCAGGACUUGAUUAAGAGAUAACCAAGGGACUGAUGCUGCGAAAAACCAGUUCCAAUGUAAAGAUAGAUUUGAUGACAAUGAAAAUUCAAUGGUGACAGGCUUCUCUUCCUUGAUAAUUGAUAUCUAAGUCAAAUUUAGGUUUCAUGUAGAAACUUAUAUAUCUAUUGUCCAUUGAUUGAUUGAUUUCAUGAAUAUGGAAAUAAUAAUGGCCAGUCUGAGUUCUGUUGAAAUCUGUGUAUUUACAACAGGACUAGAUGUGUGUGUGUGUGUGUGUGUGCGCGUGCGCGCACGUGCAUAUGGUUAGGGGGAUGGGGGGUAAGGGAAGCUCAGUCAAAAUCAUAUGGUUUCUUGGUCAUCGUCAUAUUUGAUCUCCAUUUUUUAGUCGUUUUUACUUGUAUUAAUUAUAAUUGAAUUGCAUACAAUGGGAGGGGAGACAUCCAUUAUAAUUGUUUCUUUGGGCAAGACUAGAGUUAUUUGAGCAAUAAUAAUACAAAAGUUCCAUUAUUUGAAGUGCUCAAUAUAAACAUAUUUAGAAAGUCAUUUCAAGCAUUCCCAAAAAUUCUAAAUGUAUUCCUGUCGAUUCAGAAUCUAAAUUUAUCAUUUUUUUCACUAACAUGCUCCUUUCAGAAGCGAGGAAUGAUUUGAAAAGUAUGAACAGUGUAGAACGAAACUUGGUAGCCAGUGUUCAAUGUUUGAUCAAGAAAAAGUUUUGGGCUCAAAAUCCUCUUAAUACUCUUCAAGUCAAAAUUAUCAUCCUUAAAUUACUCAAAUUUGUGAUGAACAGUAUAUGGUGAAAAAUGCAUGGUCUGUAUUCUGUUAUCACCACACACAAGAUGUAUAUUAUUUUCAAUGUUUCUGUUGAUCAGAAUCCUGCAGAAGCAGGAGUACACAUCUACUUUUUUUUUUUCAUCAGCUAUGAUUCAUACCACUAUCGAUUAAUCUUACCUGCUAAAUUUACUUAUUCAACAUCUCACUUUUUUUUCUUAUUUCUUAAAGAUUAUAUAAGUUUUUAAAUUUUAUUGUCAUUUCUUGGUGUCUCAACAAUGUUUAUCAUAUAAUAUCAUUAAAUUUGGACCCCAUUUGAUUAGCAUUCAUUUGAUAGUUCUUGAUGUGGAAUAUAUUUGAUUUCUUCAAGUUUUUGUUUUGGUAUGUUUUGUUAUAAGAUGGGAGAAUGGCAAUCCAUGUUUUAAUUGCUACCAUCUUGGGUUUUAUUUCAUCAUAAGAUUUUAUUUCAUUAUUUCUUUUCACAUCAUUAGGAGUUAAUUUGUGUCAAUUCAUUUUGUGUUAUUUAUUUUACUCAUAUACAGAUUACCAGAAUAGCACAGUAUAUUGAUGCCUUAAAGGUAGAAAAGGUUUUAAUUGAAAUGAAUCAUAGGUCGGGAAACAGAAGAAAAUAUAUAAUACUUAGAACAAUCUUCAGGUUUGAAAUAUCUGUCUCAGUGAUUUAGUUGACUUAAAAGCUCAGAAGUUUCAUAGGGUAUAUUCAAAUGUCACACUUUGUUUGUUUUUGUUAUGCUAACUUUGCCUAUAAAAUCCAAGAAUAACUUAAUUUGUAAAAAAAUUAUUAUGUCUAUAUUUUAUGUUAAUUUCUUCAAAGGAAAAAAAUGAUUAUCAAACAAAUAUAAAUAAUAGGUAUGUGGUAUGAAAAGUAUCUAGGUUCUUUCAUCUGAAGGACUUUGAUCAUCGAAAAUGGCUACAAAAAGACAUCCAGUGCAUGUACAAGUACUAUGAGCCACAUACUGGAAGGGUACAAUCAAUCAGACGUUUUGACAAUUUGCAGUUAAAAUGUAAAAUAAAUUGGACAAAGAAGCAGUG